CCCCCCCCCCCCCCACCUCUCCUCCCCUCUCUUCUCCUCUCCUUCCUUCUGUUGCUCGUUUCCAUUUUUUUCUGUCUAUUGAGUCUUCUUGCGCUCCGACUCUUCCUCCUUCACGGCUUCACGGACUCGAUCCCUUCCUGAAAAUUUGUAUUUUGUUUGUUUCAAUAAGAGAUCUUCUUCUUCGCCUUCUCUUUCUUCUGAAAGGAAACCAAGGGAGGAGGGCACACCAACAAUCCAUUCCUUAGCCUGGCUAUUAUUAUUACUCAUGGCCAAACUGCUUAACAAUAACCAUCUGCUUUUGUCAACACCCCCCCAUGUCCGCGUUUCAGCUUCUCCCGGGAGGACAUCUUUUUCUGCUCUUCGUUUUCUUUCUUUCAACUGCUUCCCAUCCCUCCAGCAAUCUUCUUCAGAUAGCGACUUCCAUGGCCAGAGGAUCGUCCCUCAAUUUCAAUUUGGUGUCAAGAAUCCCAGGACAGGAUCCCUUCAAGCCUCUUCUGCACAGAUGAGUCUUACUAUUGGGAAAGCUCAGAAAUGGUGGGAGAAGGGGAUCCAACCCAAUAUGAGAGAGAUCAGUUCUGCACAAGAUCUCGUGGAUUCCUUGUUAAGCGCUGGAGAGAAAGUCGUUAUUGUGGAUUUUUUCUCCCCAGGCUGUGGGGGAUGUAGAGCUCUCCAUCCUAAGAUUUGUCAGAUAGCGGAGAUGAACCCAGAUGUGCAGUUCCUUCAGGUGAACCAUGAGGAGCAUAAAUCAAUGUGUUACAGCCUGAACGUCCAUGUGCUACCUUUCUUCCGAUUUUACAGGGGAGCCCAUGGUCGUCUUUGCAGCUUUAGUUGCACGAAUGCCACGGUCAAGAAAUUCAAAGAUGCACUAGCCAAACACACAACAGAUCGUUGCAGCCUUGGGCCUCCAAAAGGGCUGGAGGAAAAAGAGCUCCUUGCUUUGGCUUCAAACAAAGAUCUCUCGUUCAACUACACCCCAAAUCCGGUGCAACCAUCACCGACGCCCGCCCUAGAAAUAAUAGCAGCAUUACAACCGACUCCCUCAAAUCUGGAGUUUCCUCUUCCUUAUACCUCGAAGGCCACUGAAGACACUCAGCAGCAGAAAGUGUUGAGCACUAAUAUUGGGAGAUGAUUUGGACAAUAUUCACCUCUUCAUAUCUCUUGUACAGGUUGUACAGGGUGUACAGGUUGUACAGGUUGUACACUUGCCUGCAUAUAUUAGUAUUUGUUUCAGUGUUUGGUUAAGAGUUUUGGGACUUGGAGGAGGGAGGGAACAGUCAUAGCCUCGUCUGUCCAAACCCAAUAUUGGAUUCCCGUCACUGUACUACAGUGCACAUGUAUAUGUGAGUUCUUGCCGCUGCUUUUGCCUUUUUUAAAUAACCUCCAUUCCCUUUUCUUGGCUAUUAA